CACCUUGUAUAUAAACCCGAGGUAGGGUUUUGAGCUGAGCUUUGAGCUCAGGUAUAGCGUACGCCGCAAGACGGUUUCUCCCUCCAUUUAUCGGAGCAUCGUCAGGGUGAAGGAGGAGGAUGUCUCACAGGAAGUUCGAGCACCCUAGGCAUGGGUCCCUUGGGUUCCUUCCUAGGAAGAGGGCAUCUCGUCACAGAGGAAAAGUGAAGGCUUUUCCCAAGGAUGACCCAACCAAGCCUUGCAAGCUAACUGCCUUUUUGGGCUACAAGGCUGGGAUGACUCACAUUGUCAGAGAAGUCGAGAAACCUGGAUCAAAGCUUCACAAGAAGGAGACAUGUGAGGCUGUCACAAUCAUUGAAACACCACCAAUGGUUGUUGUUGGAGUGGUGGGCUAUGUAAAAACUCCUCGUGGUCUUCGUUCUUUGAACACAGUUUGGGCCCAGCAUCUGAGUGAGGAGGUCAAGAGGAGGUUCUACAAAAAUUGGUGCAAGUCCAAGAAGAAGGCUUUCACCAAGUACUCUAAGAAAUAUGAGUCUGAAGAAGGGAAGAAGGAUAUCCAAUCUCAGCUUGAGAAAAUGAAAAAAUAUGCUUCUGUCAUCCGUGUUUUGGCUCACACUCAGAUUAAAAAAAUGAAAGGGCUGAAACAGAAGAAGGCUCAUCUAAUGGAGAUCCAGGUGAAUGGUGGAACCGUUGCACAGAAGGUUGACUUUGCUUAUGGCUUCUUUGAGAAGCAGAUCCCAGUGGAUGCAGUUUUCCAGAAGGAUGAGAUGAUUGAUGUCAUUGGUGUUACCAAGGGUAAAGGUUAUGAGGGUGUUGUCACUCGUUGGGGUGUCACCCGUCUCCCUCGCAAAACCCACAGAGGUCUCCGCAAGGUAGCUUGUAUUGGUGCCUGGCACCCUGCUAGGGUCUCCUUCACAGUUGCCAGAGCAGGUCAGAAUGGAUACCACCACCGUACUGAAAUGAACAAGAAGAUUUACAAGAUUGGCAAGACUGGACAGGAGUCACAUUCAACCAUGACCGAAUAUGAUAGGACCGAGAAGGACAUCACUCCAAUGGGUGGAUUCCCUCACUAUGGUGUAGUGAAGGAUGACUACAUCCUACUUAAAGGGUGCUGUGUUGGACCUAAAAAGAGGGUUGUUACACUCCGCCAGUCCCUAUUGAAGCAGACUUCUCGUUUGGCCCUUGAGGAGAUCAAACUCAAAUUUAUUGAUACCUCUUCGAAGUUUGGACAUGGUCGCUUCCAAACUACAAACGAGAAGCAGAAGUUCUAUGGAAAGCUGAAGGCUUAAAGGUUUAUCAACAGUUUUGCACUGCAGGUUUAGUGAAUUUAAUGGAGACACUGUUUUCAUUAUAUAGGUGUUUUUGUGGGCAAGUCCCCUUUAGACUUGGUUUGAGUUGCAUUUUAAACUGUUCAGGACCUGAAUAAUUUUCUAAAUGUUGUUUUAUCAAAGCUAUGUGGAAAUUGGAACAACUAAUGGCGACAAUAUUUAAGUUUUUCUAAUUUAUGGCUAGUUUAGUACAAUGGUUGGUCAUUUUUCUA